UGCAACAGUCGAAAAGAUGUAGUGAAAUUUAUGAUCCUAGACCCGGCAAGUCAGCUUUGACAAUAUCUUGUGACAUUCUUGUUACUUCGUAGCUUCAAUGCGUCUUUUAGAUCAAGCUAAUGUUAGCCGGCCAAUUUUUGCUAUACACAGCUUCUGGGGAGGACUUGUCAGAUUCAAAAGCAACAAUUCUAAAGCAGAGAAAAAUCAGAGUAAUCAAAUGAAAGUGUUGAAUAUAGCAGAGAAAAAUGAUGCUGCCAAAGGUAUCGCAGGCUACCUGUCGCGGAAUUCUUCAAGGCGGCGAGAGGGGCUAUCAGUGUAUAACAAAAUUUAUGAAUUCGAAACUCAACUAUGGGGGCAACAAUGUAAGAUGACAAUGACGUCUGUUUCGGGUCAUUUAUUGACCUAUGAGUUCGUUGGGGGAUAUCGUAGCUGGCAAGGAUGCAACCCACUGUCACUAUUUGAAGCACCUGUGACAAAACAAUGCCCCGAGGAUUAUAUGAAAAUAAAAAAAACCUUAGAAAGAGAGGUAAAAGGUUCUCAGGCACUCAUAAUCUGGACAGAUUGUGAUAGGGAAGGUGAAAACAUUGGUUUUGAAAUUAUCCAAGUUUGCCAGGCUGUGAAACCCAACAUCAAGAUUUACCGUGCCAAAUUUUCUGAGAUCACUGCACAGUCAGUGUAUCGAGCAAUUCAUAAUUUGGAAGAACCAAAUAAAGCAAUCAGUGAUGCUGUUGAUGUUCGAAGUGAACUGGAUUUGAGAAUAGGAGCCGCCUUCACAAGAUUUCAAACACUGAGACUUCAAAAGGUUUUUCCACAAAGCUUAGCAGAGAUGAUAAUCAGCUAUGGAAGUUGCCAGUUCCCAACACUAGGAUUUGUUGUCGAAAGAUUUCUAGCUAUUGAAUCUUUCAAACCAGAACCAUUUUGGAAGAUUAAAGUGACAGACGUGCGUAAUGAGCUUUCAGUCGAAUUUAGAUGGGAAAGAAAUCGUCUAUUUGAAGAAUUACCUUGCCAAAUAUUCUUAGACAUGUGCCUUGAAUCUCCAAAUGCCACUGUAGAAAAAAUCACUUGCAAACCCAAAAGCAAGUGGAGACCUUUACCACUGGAUACAGUUGAAUUGGCUAAAUUGGGUUCCCGUAAAUUGAGAUUGAAUGCAAAGGAAACAAUGAAAAUAGCAGAGAAGUUGUAUACUCAGGGUAUUAUAAGCUAUCCGCGAACAGAAACAAACAUAUAUCCAAAAGAACUCAACUUACCGCCACUGAUAGAACAGCAGACUAGUCAUCCAGAAUGGGGACUGUUUGCACAACAAGUAUUGCAAAAUGGGCCUUCUCCAAGACAAGGAAAGAAGAGCGAUGGCGCUCACCCUCCAAUUCACCCCACAAAAUAUAUUACUACGCUAGGAGGAAAUGAAGCACGCUUGUAUGAGUUCAUAGUUCGUCAUUUCCUGGCUGGCCUUUCAAAAGAUGCGGAGGGUCAAGAAACUAUUGUCAACAUUAGCAUAGCUAACGAAAAAUUUAUUGCAAGUGGACUUCGUAUCAUUGCUAAAAAUUAUCUGGAAGUUUAUCCAUAUGAGACUUGGAAUGCAAAAGAAAUUCAUGCAUAUUCAGAGGGCGAGACUUUCCUGCCCACUAGCAUAGAAAUGGCUCAUGGAGAAACUUCAGCUCCAAACCUGUUAACUGAGGCUGAUUUGAUUGCUCUGAUGGAUAAACACGGAAUUGGAACGGAUGCCACACAUGCAGAACAUAUUGAAAAAAUAAAAGCGAGGCAAUAUGUCGGCCUGAAGGAUGAGAAAUAUUUUAUCCCUGGAAAACUCGGAAUCGGAUUAGUCAUGGGAUAUGACAGUAUGGGAUUUCACAUGUCCAAACCUCAUCUCCGAGCAGGAUUGGAAAAUGAUCUCAAAUUAAUAUGCGAUGGUGUAAAACUUCCGGCAGAUGUUUUGAAAGACCAAAUAUCUCGAUACAAAGCCGUAUUUGUUACAACUUUACAAAAAGCAAACUUGAUAGAUAAUGCACUAGCCCAUUACCUCGAUGAAGCGCCGGCGCAUGUACAAAAUGUCGAAAUAGCGAAUCCCGUACUAGAACAAACCGUGUUCAAAUGCCCAAAGUGUGGAAGUAAUAUGCUGUUGAAAGACAGGAAAAAUUCCGCUGGGAAGUAUAUUGGUUGCAUAGCUUAUCCAACCUGCAGCAAUGCUAUCUGGUUUCCAGCAACGGUUGAAAAUAUAGAACUUCUGAAUGACACUUGUGGCAGAUGCCCAGGGAAUAUGCCCAUAUUCAAAUUUAGUAUACGCACCGGUACAAUUCCGAUCUUAGGUUCCUCUUACACUUCAUGCAUUGGGGGAUGUGACACAUUACUCAAUGAGACUUUUAGCAUUCGGAAUCAAAAUGUGCAACGUGUCCCACAGUCGAGUAACGAUAGUGGCGUGGCCACUGAUAACUCAAACCCCAGGAUUAAUUCUACUCUUUCGAACACAAGCUGGAAUCCCAGAACAAACUUGGAGACCCGAAAUCCACAAAGACAAAUUAAUGCGCAGACCUUUAAUGCAACACAAAAUGGUACAGAUAGGAAUGACUCUGGUAACUCCACUUGGGGUUCAUCCUCAUUUACAAAUGUGCGGCACCAUGAUAGUACCAAUUGGUCUAGUAAUCAAAAUAAUCAAAUGAAUAGUAGAGAUAAUACAAUCUUGUGUACUUGUCAUGAAGAAGCAAAAAAGCUCACUGUGCGUAAAGAGGGGCUGAAUCAAGGGAGACAAUUUUACAAAUGUGCCAAGCCACAAGGGAGUGGUUGUGAAUUUUUUCUAUGGGCAGAAGAUGAAUCUAUGCAAGCGACUCACCACAAUGAUAAUGACCAACAGCCCUCAAGGAGUAACAAUAGCAACAAUGAUAAUCAAACUAGGCAAAGACCGACUAAUACCAGGGCUGACAGAGAUACCAGAAAUUCAUCAACCCACAAAGGGCCAGUCACAUGUACUUGUGGAGAACCAGCAAGGAAGCUCACUGUGCAUAAAGAAGGGCCUAAUAAAGGUAAAGAAUUCUACGGAUGUCCAAAAGGUAUAGGUAGCGGAUGUAAAUUUUUCAAAUGGGCUGGUGAGGUGGACGACAACAACGUGGGUAUGAGCAGUGAUAGUGCACAAGUUACUAAUCGCGUAGGGCAUCCAUCGAAUUCAAAUGCUUCAAGAGCCAGAAACGCAAGGAGAUGUGGAUCAUGUGGAGAAGAAGGUCAUACCAGAAGAACGUGCCAGUCAACUGCCCCAGAUUGAGGUCACUCAUUUAUUCAUAGAGAUAUGAGUUGAGCUUGAUACAAAUAAGUCUACUACUUAAAUUAUAAGAAUGUGAUAUUAUACCUAAUUACCUAACUGCGUUUAGAGCGACUCAGUUUAUUCUUUAGCGUUUCUAGUUCUUUGCUAUGGAGAUUGGACUCAGCCGUUGUUUGUGUCAACUAUGAACAAAGUAAUAAUAAUAAAUAGAAAUUUUUUGUACUAAUGUUAAUUACAAAGUUAUUCCCAUGCUGAAAGACUGGUACGUUAAACUUAGUGUAUCAAUAUGAUGUUACAUGAUCACAGCAUAUGGUGGUAUAACUUUGACAUAUUCGUUGUUAUUUUUCAAACAAUGUUCGUAAUAAAAUAUUUACCAUAUCGAGCAUGA